UUUGCUGACCUAUAAUCAGCAGCCCCUCCGCGGGCGGGCCCUGGGGUCUACGAGGGCGGGAGUUCCUCAGACCUGCAGCCAGGCCAGGUGCCCUUGCCCUGCGGCGCCUUGAAGCGGCCUGAGGCCUAACACCGCCUACGCUGCAUCAGCACCCACCUUAGGGACCGCUUGACGCGUCCCGCAGCGCGAGGACUCCGCCGGCACCUUCGCGAUGGCGGCCCCCAUCCCGAGGCCCAUCUUCGACUUCCCGUUCGAGACGGUGGCCAACGCCGAGCCGCUCCGCCUGCUGCACAACGAGGCCGAGGGCGACGUGGAGUUCGUGGUGGGCCCCGACGGGGACACCUGGCGCAUCGUCGGCCACCGCGACGUGCUCUCCGGCAGCUCGCCCGUCUUCAAGGCCAUGCUCACCGGGCCGCUCGCCCACGAGGGCAGGGUGCGCAUCUACGACGUGGACGGCCGCGCCUUCUUCCAGCUGCUCGUAGUCCUGUACGGCGGCGAGCCCGACAAGAUGCGCUCCGAGCGCGCCUGCAUGGUCACCAUGUACGCCGCCAACAAGUACCUGUGCGGCAAGCUGUUCCUGCACUGCGUGGUGGCGGCCGACAGCUUCCUCCUCCCCUGCAACGUGCUGCGCUUCAUGCAGACCGCGCGCAUCUACAUCCCGGACAACAUGGACGUGGACGCCACCUUCAGCCCCACCGCGCCGCCUCUGGAGGACAGUGAGGCGGACAGGGACUCGGUGCACGUGCAGGUGGUGGCCGAAGUGAUGAACGAGCAGGGCGCCCAGGACGGCGAGGGCGGCCUCUACAGCCAGUACAGCCCGGACGCCGCCGCGAAGGGCGAGAUCGAGGAGCUGUCGCUGGCGGACCUGCUGAUGCUGCUGCGCCGCCCCACACUGCACGUGCGUCGGGAGUCGCGCGUGUACGGCGCCCUGGAGCGCUGGGCCAACCGGGACUGCCGGCGCCGCGGCCUGCACGCCUCGCCGGAGAACCGGCGCGCCGCGCUGGGCGAGGCCCUGUUCCUGGUGCGCUACCUGCGCAUGUCGGUGCGCGAGCUGCUGGAGACGGUGCAGCACGGCGUGCUCAACAACUUCGAGACGGCCUGGCUGCUGGGCAAGGCGGUGGGCGACCAGGCCAAGGUGCUGCCCAACUCGAUCGAGGACUUCCACCCGCCGGAGACCUUCCGCCCGCACGCGCGCCUGCUGGCCGUGCUGCGGCCCAUCCCACGGCCCUGCUUCAUCCAGCUGAGCCCCCGCUGCGUGUACGAGAUCCCGGGCUUCCACGACGAGGGCACCAUGACGGACUGGAGCUGGCCGAUGCAGACGACCGAGGCCGAGCUGAAGGGGCAGAUCAAGGUCCUCAAGAAGAUCCUCAAGGCCCACAGGAAGGCGAUAAAGCGGCAGCGGAGGCAGCGCCAGCAGCCCGAGGAUGACAGCGGACGGCGGCGGGAGUACAGCUCUGGCUGCUUUGUGCAGGGCUUCUUCUCCGUGCUGGCCUGCAUAUUCGACUGACAACGACAGGACCCUGGCCGUCGCGACCUCAUCGCCCUCCGUGGCCCCCGACUCGACGAAAGCGCCCACCGCAUCCAAGUCGACCUGAGCCCCCGCCACCUCCAACUCGAACGCGUCGACAGCCCACGCCGCGGCCGGCAACGCGACGGGAGCCCCCCUCGCCGCCAAAGCCACCGUGGCACGCGCGCAGCGCGCAUCAUGUUGCUUGUUUUGGUUGUUUACUUUUUCGUUUACUGGAUCUUCCUCAUGAUCCUCUUUCAACGAACGUUCCUCCCCAAGCUUUUCUCCGGCUCCCGGCUUCUAGGCGUUCUCCGCAUGUGAGGGCGAGGACGCGGAGGGCGCUUCGCUGUGCCUCGCUGUGCUUCGCUCGGGCCGACAGCAGACUGAUUCCGAGAGUCGUUUCCUCCGCCGUGUCUCUCCCGCACCUGUACGGGACGUUCAUGGAGGCGUGAGAAAGACUACCUCCACGCCCCGCCCCGUGAGUGCGAGGGAGGCAGGGCGACGGAAACGACUCUUUGGGUCAGUUUGCUGGCCGACGGGAAGCGGAGCGGAGACUUGGGGGAAUUCCCUCCCGGGCCGCCGCGCCCCAAGGUCCACUGGCCGAGCUUCAAGUCGCUGCGGAGUGUUUUUAGUGGGGCACUCUUGCAGCGCAGCGUUAUACUUAACCCACUGCCUUUCUGUGAUUCUAUUGUUUUCUUCAUUGUGUCCAUCUUUUUGUUUUUGACUGAUAAUUUUAAUUUUAUGAAAACGUAUUUUCCGUUACUUUAAGUUUAGUUUGUAGUAGGCUCUUACUUUUACUUUCAAUGAAAUUUAUGGACCACUUGUCUAAGCGCACAAGCGCGUGAUUUAAUUGUUGAGGGAAUUUGUUGGUCUUUGUUCUGUCUGAGGAUAGAAUUGUCGAAUUGGUCUGAUUAGUGACGGUCUGUCUUUGCGCGAAAGUGGACUGUAACAUUUAUGUUGUGAAGGUAUUAAGUUGCAAUUGACUCUCUCUCAAAUACAUUCUUAUAACUUGUAA